AUGAAUUGUCGCAGUACACACAUAAAGAAAACAGAAGCACCUAUACCAUCAAAUAAUAAUCAAUGUCCAACUGCUUGUUCAGCUACAAUUUCAUCUAUAUGUACAUAUAAUGGUGAUUGUUAUCGAACUUUUGCUAAUGAAUGUCAUGUUAACGCAGAAAAUUGCCGAUUAUCUCCGCCAGAAAAUAAAUAUACAAUUAUUGUAAGUGGGACAUGUGAAAGUCAACCAUCUUUUAUUAAUAACAUUUGUCACUAUCCUAUUGAUUGUACAUUUUUUGAUGUGGAAGUAUGCGGUUUUAAUGGAUGCUGUUAUCAAACAUUUAAAAAUAUUUGUUUUCUUAAUAGUAGUAAUUGUUAUAGCAAAUUUGAAUCUAUUCUAUUUUGUAAGGAACCAGCAAGUGGUGAUAAUUGUCCUGAGGUUUGCACAACCCUAUAUGAUCCAGUAUGUACAUAUAACGGUGAUUGUUAUAGAACUUUCGGUAAUGAAUGUGAAGUUGAUGCAGAAAAUUGCCGAAAUCGACCAGGUGCACAUAAAUAUAAAAUAGUCUCGGAAGGAGAAUGUGAAAAUGAGCCCUGCUAUUCUGAUAAUAUAUGCCAUUGUGCUAUUGAUUGUAUCGCUAUAUACGAACCAGUUUGUGGUUAUAAUGGAUUCUGUUAUAAAACAUUUUCAAAUAAUUGUAAUUUAGAUAGCUACAAUUGUUGGAAUCCAUACGAUUAUUUUGUAUAUCAACAUGAUGGUGAAUGUAAUACAUGUGAAAAUCCAGUUUGUAUAGAAGAAUAA